AUGUGGAUAUUACGUCAAUAUACUGAAAAAAAAAGUUGUUCAAUUUUAGAUCAACCACAAUUUUUUAUACUAUAUCUAACUACUACACCUUGUGCUCACAUGACUAGACCAGAGACGAUAAUAUCCGACACUCCACAACAUCCAUACCCUAUAAAACACAAAUCACCCAUCAUUUCCGGUUUUGGUCGAGGUUCAAGUGAAUUAGGAAUCCCCACUGCCAACAUCCCUGUCAACGACCAACUCAACAAAUUACCCACAGGGAUCUACUACGGCUGGUGCAAAAUCCACCCACACCCACAACAGCUGGACUCAACAGAACAAAGGCCCGAUGGACAAGAUGUCCUAUUCAAUCAUGGCAACAAAUUAGGUAAAUCUGAUUUAUCUACAGUAUGGCCUAUGGUUAUGUCGAUUGGGUGGAACCCAUUUUAUCAUAACAAGACGAAAGCUGCUGAAAUUCAUAUAAUACACAAGUUUACUUCUGAUUUCUAUGGUGCUGAUUUGGAAUAUGUGGUGUUGGGAUAUAUUAGACCUGAAUUGAAUUAUACUACUAAGGAAGCAUUGAUUAAGGACAUUGAGUUGGAUAUAAGUAUAGCCAAGGAUAUCUUGAAGAGGGAGGAGUAUGCCAAGUAUGAACAUGAGUUAGAGUAG